AUGCCCGGCCUGCAGAGUCUGGACCUGCACUCCAACAGCAUCGGCCACGAGGGCGCGGAGGCCCUGGCGGGGGCGCUGCCCUCCAUGCGCGGCCUGCAGAGGCUGGACCUGGACUCCAACGACAUCGGCCACGAAGGAGCGCAGGCCCUGGCGGGGGCGCUGCCCUCCAUGCCCAGCCUGCAGAUGCUGCUCCUGGGCAACGACGGCAUCGGCCACGAGGGAGCGCAGGGACUGGCGCGGGCGCUGCCCUCCAUGCCCAGCCUGCUGAAUCAGCUUUGGGGCUCCAACAGCAUCAGCCACGAGGGCGCGGAGGCCCUGGCGGGGGCGCUGCCCUCCAUGCCCGGCCUGCAGAGGCUGGACCUGGACUCCAACGGCAUCGGCCACGAAGGAGCGCAGGCCCUGGCGGGGGCGCUGCCCUCCAUGCCCAGCCUGCAGAUGCUGCUCCUGGGCAACGACGGCAUCGGCCACGAGGGAGCGCAGGGACUGGCGCGGGCGCUGCCCUCGAUGCCCGAGGGCGCCCGUCUGGAGGAGCUGGACCUGACCGAGUGCGACAUCGGUCCUGCGGGCGCGCAG